AUGUCUGGUGCAGCUAAUAACUUCCACUCGAGUUUGGAUGCUUUACCACCACAUCCUCCAACUCGUUCCAGCAGUUUACGAACUCGAUCAUCACGAUCUUCGACUACGAAUCGUAUCUUGCAUCAUACAUUAUCUAGUCAAUUUCCAUCAUCAUCAAGAGUUGUACGUCGGACACGAGAAUCAUCUAUACAACAAAUCGAUCGAUUAAAAAAAUCUACCACUUCCAUCAUCAACACCGAUUUAUAUUCAUCAACUGUUCUUUCGUCAACAAAUAGCUGUGAUUCUGAUGACAAUAUACACGAUGAUGAAUUUGAUGGAAAAUCAGAUACUAUAAGUGUUAUUGAACUAACUGCUCGAAAUCAAUUGAUCAAGAAAAAUAUUAAAUCAACAAAACAUCCAAUUAAUGUUGAUAAAAUUCCAUCACAAAAAACAACAACUGCAUCAGGAAAAAGAUUGUCAUAUGAAAUGAUCAAACAAAAUGGUCGUGGCACAGCUAAUUUACGAUCGCAUCUUCUGCUUCAUAAUUUAAAAAAUGUUGCUUAUGAAUCUCAAGUAGAACAGCGAGUUUUGAAAAUGAAUAAAACCUCCGAUAAUCAAAUUUCUUUUAUGCGUAAACAUGCAAUUGAUGAAGCUAUAUUGAAAUGCAUCAUCGAAGGCAGUCUGCCCUUUAGUCUAUUUAAUCAUGAUGCAGUAAUUGAACUUUUUAAUUUACUUGAACCUGGUUACAAGCCGCCGGAUCGUCGUACACUUUCAUUACGUGUACAUGAUCAAUACUAUCAACAUAUUCUCGAUCUUAAAUCUAUUUUACCUUAUAUCGGACCAAUCGCCUUCACCAGUGAUUUAUGGAAAGAUGUUUCUCGUCAGCAUAUUAUUUCACUCUCUCUUCACACGUUCUCAAUCGACUUUGACUUUAUUUCAUUACCAAUAUCGUUUCAUCAAUUUAAUGAACGAAAAUUGGCUGUUAAUAUACAAUCAUUUUUCGAGCAUGAAAAAGUACGUUUUGGACUUGGUACACAUAUUUUAUCAGGUAUUACUACGGACAAUGGACCAGAUAUUAAAUGUGGAGCAUCUUCAAAUGUACUUGGUCCUCGAUAUGCAUGUCUUGCUCAUUGUUUAAAUCUUGUUGUUCAUCAUGCUACAUGUGUAUGGGAUCUACCAAAUCCGAAAAGAUUUCCAUUUGAUUCAAUGUACGAACAGGUAAACACAUCUCUCGUCGACGAUGAAGACGACGAAAUAACAGCUGAAAUUACAUCUUAUUCAUGGUCGACGUCCAUUGUUAAUGGAGAAGGUUUACUCGAUAGUAAUGGCCAACAAGCAUUCGAUUAUUUUGUAUUUGACGAAGUGGAACCCGAUGUUUCAACUGAACAACCAUCAUCAAAUGAAGAUGUUUUUAAUUUACUUGUUCGUAUUAAUCGUCUUGUACGAAAAGUACGUGCUUUUGUAUCGAUGACUCGUUUGGUUGCUCCACUUCAACAUUAUAUAUAUGAACAAAUUGGUCCAAAUAAAGGAGGUUUUAUACUUGAUGUAAAAAUACGUUGGAAUAGCACGUUCAAAAUGAUACAUCGCCUAAUUAAACUUCGGGAUUUGGUUGAUGCAAUAUUUACUAAACGUGACUUUAAAGGUUUAACUUCUAUUCAAGAAAAAAAGUUUCGUUCAUUAGUAUUCACCUAUGACGAUUGGGAAUUAAUAAAUGCAUUUCAUGAUUGUCUUGAUAUUUUUGACAAGGCUACAACGAUGCUGUCCGGUGAUUAUCCUACACAGUCAAUGUCCUAUUUUGUUCUUCAAACAUUAAAAGAAAAUGUUCAACAAACAUUAAAUCCAACUUAUUAUCAUAUGAUUAUUAAUAAAAGUUUGAAUUUUCAAUCGGAAUAUUAUCUUGAUGACUUUUUACCAAGUGCUCAAAAACUUGGAAUGACAGUGGCAGCAUUUCUCGAUCCACUUUUUCAUGGCGAUUUAAUUUUAAAUAAAAAUGAUUAUGAAACAGCAAAACGUGUGAUUACAAACAAUAUGCAACAAAUGGACACAACAACACCUGAUAUUUCAACAAUGUUACCAUCUACUACAUUACAAGCUUUAUCAUCAGCAACGAAUUCUGACCGUAUGAUGUCUCUUAAAUGCAGUCUUAUGAAUGUUGCCAACAAAAAAGCUUCUCCUCCUUUGUCAUUUCAACCUGUAAAUGUUGAUCUCGAAAUGGCGACCUUUCUUACUUUAAUUCGAGAUAAUGAAUCGAUAAAUUUUCAAACAUUUUGGAAAAACAAUGCCCAUGCACUACCACGAUUAAGUCAACUUGCACGUCGAUACAACGUGAUUCCAGCAACAUCAGUUUAUUUAGAACAAGCAUUCAGUGUUGCCGGUGCAAUUAAGAAUUUACGACGAGCAUCCAUGUCAUCAUUAUCAUUACGAAGCCUAAUGAUCUUAAAGAAGAAAAAAAAUAUCGAAAAACUUCGAGCAUUUGUUCAUCAACAAUAA